GUUAAAGAAAAAGGCUUAAAUAGUUUACUCCUCUCUCUCUCUCUCUCUAUCAAUCGAAACCUAAUAUCCUCAAAUUUCAAUUUCUCUUUGCUAUUUUUAUCUCGUAGCUCUGCGAUUCCUGUAAUCAUGGCCAAUGCAACUUCUGGAAUGGCUGUGCAUGAUGACUGCAAGCUAAAGUUUUUGGAGCUGAAGGCAAAACGAACUUACCGCUUCAUAGUUUUUAAGAUCGAGGAGAAGCAAAAGCAAGUUAUUGUGGAAAAGCUUGGUGAGCCAACCAAAAGCUAUGAAGAUUUUACUGCAAGCCUCCCUGCUGAUGAGUGUCGAUAUGCUGUUUAUGAUUUUGACUUUGUGACUGAAGAGAAUUGCCAAAAGAGCAGAAUUUUCUUCAUUGCCUGGUCUCCCGACACUUCAAGAGUAAGAAGCAAGAUGAUCUAUGCGAGUUCUAAGGACAGGUUCAAGAGAGAACUAGAUGGUAUUCAGGUAGAGUUGCAGGCAACUGAUCCAACUGAAAUUGGCCUUGAUGUCAUUAGGAGCCGUGCCAGCUAAAUAUAAAUCUCCCAACUUUGCACUGAAGAGGGUCUUAUGCACUCUUAAGCGAAAUGUCUAUAGUUCAUGGGCAGUGAACCUGACUGAAUUAUGUUACUGGUUUGUUGUUUGAGUUUCACCUUACAGUCUACUUCUGGAACUAUUCCAAUGAUUCUGGUGAUAUUUUUAUGGAUCUGUGAUGCAAUGAACUUAUGCGAUAUGUUUUUCUUUA